ACCGAAUCAUUCUUAUUCUUUAUGCAUUAACAUCCUAAAAUACAACCGUUCAUUUAUCGUCCAUAAUUAUCUGCUUUUACUUUAUAUUUAUAAUUUUAAAGCUAAAGCUGUGAGUGAAGUGUGAAGCAGUUGGAAAGCUGAAGAAGUUUUGGCCUGAAUUUUCCGGACCUGCAAACAUAAACGUGCUGCAGACAGACACUGCGUGCAUUCCACUUUUAGCUGCACAAGGAGAUGCUCAUCUGUUUUUUUUUUUUUUUUUUGCUUUUUUUUUUUUUUUUGCACAUUACUAGUUAAAGGAGUAACUAAGAGAGUAUGACUAACUAGUUGUGGGGAAACUAUGGGAUGCAUCGUCAUGGCAACAGACCAGACGUCACAAUCUGGGCAUGUGUGUUCCAUUUUUGUCUUUCUUAUUUUUCAGACUGGAAGACCUGGAUAUAGAUCUGUAGGGAAAAGAAUAUAAAUGUUAAUUUUUGUAUGUUUUUAAUCCGGAGGGAAAACAAGCCUGUUUUGACUGCAAGAAAUAAAAAGAAACCACUGAGCGAGUUCUUUUUGAAUGAAGAAAGAGACUGUGCUGCGGCGUCUGGAGGGUUAACUUUCAGUAUUCCCAGCCUAAAAGGGGUUUGGGGGCUAUGAGAUAAAGAUGCCGGGGUCGCUGAGUAAUGAAGACGAGGGACAGGACGACAUGGAUUUUGAAGACGACAUGCCAGAUGAAGAUGAUGAAACUGAGCGUAACACCGUUCCCCUCAUGGCCCUUGCAAGCUUCUUCUCUGAUGACGACUCCCUCAAACAGCAGAAGAAGAAAAAGCCCAAAAAGAUAAAAGAGGGGAAAAUACCCAAAGUUAAGAAGAGGAAAAAAGAGGGAGGACUCCAGGCAAGACUUGACAGCGACCUAGAAGAGAUUUCAGAGGUAGAGGAGGAACUCGAACGACCAGAAAUUGGCUCAGAGAGCGAAAGCAGUGCAUAUGGCCCCACCAAAAAAAAGAAGAAGAAACCAAGGGAGAAAAAAGAGAGGAAGCCCAGGAAGAAGAAAAGAGAUGAGGACGACGAUGAUGAUGACGAUGAUGAUGGUAACAUGAAAGAACCCAAAUCCUCCAGCCAACUGAUGCUCGAAUGGGGUCUUGAGGAUGUUCAGUAUGGGUUCACGGAGGACGACUACAAAACAAUCACCAAUUACAAGGCUUUCAGCCAGUUCCUCAGGCCCCUCAUUGCCAAGAAGAAUCCGAAGAUUCCCAUGUCAAAGAUGAUGACAGUGUUGGGAGCCAAGUGGCGUGAGUUCAGUGCCAACAACCCGUUUAAAGGCGCAUCUGCCACCGCUGUGGCCGCUGCUGUGGCUGCUGCAGUGGAAACGGUUACUGUAGCUCAGCCAACAUCUGUCAGCAGCAACCAGCUGAGCUCUCAGCAAGGCACAUUAAAAAAAGCCAAAACCAAAGAAGGAAAAGGGCCAGGAGUUAGAAAGAAAAGCAAGACCUUGAAAGAAGUGAAGAAGAAACCCAAGCCGAAAAAGACCAAAUCAAAAAUGGGUCAAAGUGGGAAAAAGAAGAAAGCAUCCUCUAGUGAGGAGGACUUUCUGGAGGAGUCAGACUUUGAUGACAUCAGUAUCCACAGUGCCUCUGUGCUUUCUGAUACCUCUGGGGCCGCCACAAAAAAAAGGGCCCGACGUGGGCGGAAAAAAAGGAAAAAGGAGGACGGCGAUGGCUAUGAGACGGACCACCAGGACUACUGUGAGGUUUGCCAGCAGGGUGGAGAAAUUAUCCUCUGUGACACGUGUCCAAGAGCCUACCACCUUGUCUGUCUGGACCCUGAGCUGGAGAAGGCCCCUGAGGGAAAAUGGAGCUGUCCACACUGUGAGAAGGAGGGAAUCCAGUGGGAGGCCAAAGAUGAAGAGGAGGAGGAGGAGGAGGAGCCUGCAGGUGAGGAAGAGGAUGACCACAUGGAGUUCUGCAGAGUUUGUAAGGAUGGAGGGGAGCUUCUGUGUUGUGACACCUGUCCCUCAUCCUACCACAUCCAUUGCCUCAAUCCGCCUCUGCCUGAGAUCCCAAACGGGGAAUGGUUGUGUCCUCGCUGCAUGUGCCCUCCUCUUAAAGGUAAAGUGCAGAAGAUUCUGCACUGGAUGUGGGGAGAACCGCCCCUGCCAGCUGAGCCACCUCCAGGCCCUGACGGCAAGCCAAUCAAUCCACUGACCAAGCCCCCACUCAAGGGGCACCCAGAGAGGGAAUUCUUUGUAAAGUGGGCUGGCCUUUCGUACUGGCACUGUUCCUGGGUUAGCGAACUGCAGUUAGAGCUGUACCACACAGUAAUGUAUCGGAACUACCAGAGGAAGAACGACAUGGAUGAGCCUCCGCCAUAUGACUAUGGCUCAGGAGAGGAGGAGCUGAACAAUGAGAAGAGGAAGAGCAAAGACCCUCAGUACGCCGCGAUGGAGGAGCGCUUUUACCGUUACGGCAUUAAACCAGAGUGGAUGGUUAUCCACAGGGUACUCAACCACAGUUUUGAUAAAGAUGGUGAUGUGCACUACCUAAUCAAGUGGAGAGACUUACCAUAUGACCAGUGCACCUGGGAGGCAGAUGAUUUUGACGUCCCAGAUUAUGACAUUCAUAAGGCUUUUUAUUGGGACCACAGAGAGCAAAUUUUAGGAGAGGACCAACGCCCUCUUGUGGUAAGAAAAGGGAAGAAACUAAAGGAGAACUAUCCGAAAAGAGAAGUCCCCCCUGAUGCCCCAAUCAUAGAUCCAACCAUCAAAUUUGAGCACCAGCCCUGGUAUAUUAAUGCCACAGGGGGAACGUUGCACCCAUACCAGCUGGAAGGUCUGAAUUGGUUACGGUUUUCCUGGGCUCAGGGGACAGAUACCAUCCUGGCAGAUGAAAUGGGCCUCGGAAAAACGGUUCAGACAAUAGUCUUUCUCUACUCACUGUAUAAGGAGGGUCAUUCUAAGGGGCCUUUCUUGGUGAGUGCACCUCUGUCCACUAUCAUCAAUUGGGAGAGAGAAUUUGAGAUGUGGGCUCCAGAUUUCUAUGUGGUGACUUACACUGGAGACAAAGACAGCAGGGCUACUAUCAGGGAGAAUGAAUUUACCUUUGAAGACAGUGCAAUAAAAUCUGGACGCAAGGUGUUCCGGAUGAAGAAAGACUCUCCUAUUAAGUUCCAUGUGCUACUGACAUCUUACGAGCUGAUCACUAUAGAUCAAGCCAUUCUGGGCUCCGUCACCUGGGCCUGUCUGGUUGUAGAUGAGGCUCACAGACUGAAGAACAACCAAUCAAAGUUUUUCAGAAUUCUUAACGGGUAUAGGAUUUACUACAAGCUCCUGCUCACUGGAACUCCUCUCCAAAACAACCUGGAAGAGCUGUUUCAUCUACUUAACUUCCUCACCCCAGACCGCUUCAACAACCUAGAAGGCUUCCUUGAGGAGUUUGCAGAUAUUUCUAAAGAGGACCAGAUCAAGAAGCUCCACGACCUGCUCGGACCUCACAUGCUCAGAAGGCUGAAAGCCGACGUCUUUAAGAACAUGCCCUCAAAGACUGAGCUCAUUGUCAGAGUGGAGCUCAGUCCCAUGCAGAAAAAAUAUUACAAGUUUAUUUUGACGCGGAAUUUUGAGGCUCUGAACUCCAAAGGUGGAGGGAACCAGGUGUCUCUGCUCAACAUUAUGAUGGAUCUGAAAAAGUGCUGUAACCACCCCUACCUGUUCCCUGUUGCUGCUGUGGAGGCACCUGUUUUACCCAAUGGUUCUUAUGAUGGCAACCUGCUUGUGAAGUCUUCAGGAAAACUAACACUGCUUCAAAAAAUGCUGAAGAAACUCAAAGAUGAAGGACACAGAGUUCUUAUCUUCUCUCAGAUGACAAAGAUGCUGGAUCUGCUUGAGGAUUUCCUGGAGUUUGAAGGCUAUAAAUAUGAACGCAUUGAUGGGGGGAUUACUGGGGGCUUACGGCAGGAAGCCAUUGAUCGCUUCAAUGCUCCAGGGGCACAGCAGUUCUGCUUUUUGCUUUCAACACGAGCCGGAGGUCUCGGCAUCAAUUUGGCUAGUGCAGACACCGUCGUCAUCUAUGACUCUGACUGGAAUCCACACAAUGACAUCCAAGCUUUUAGCAGAGCCCACCGAAUAGGCCAAAACAAGAAGGUGAUGAUUUAUCGUUUUGUGACUCGGGGAUCUGUGGAGGAGAGAAUCACUCAGGUGGCGAAGAGAAAAAUGAUGUUGACUCACCUGGUGGUGCGACCCGGCCUGGGUUCCAAAACAGGCUCCAUGUCCAAACAAGAACUGGACGACAUCCUCAAGUUUGGAACGGAGGAACUUUUUAAAGAUGAAAUGGAGGCAGCACGAACAAUGGGUGAUAACAAAGAUGGUGAGGAGGGAAACGUCAUUCACUACGACGAUGACGCCAUUUCAAAGCUGCUGGACCGCAGCCAAGAUGCCACAGAGGACACAGAGAUACAAAACAUGAAUGAGUACCUGAGCUCGUUCAAGGUGGCGCAGUAUGUGGUGAAAGAAGAAGAUGAAGAGGAGGAGGUAGAGCGAGAAAUCAUCAAGCAAGAGGAGAACGUGGACCCAGACUAUUGGGAAAAGCUCCUCCGCCAUCACUACGAGCAGCAGCAGGAGGACCUGGCCCGAAAUCUGGGUAAAGGCAAACGCAUUCGGAAGCAAGUCAACUACAACGAUGCGACCCAGGAAGACCAAGAAUGGCAGGAUGAUCUUUCAGACAAUCAGUCGGAGUACUCUGUGGGGUCCGAAGAUGAGGACGAAGAUUUUGAAGAGAGGCCUGAAGGUGGACGCAGACAGUCUCGUCGACAACUUAAGAAUGAGAAAGACAAACCUCUGCCCCCCUUACUGGCACGUGUUGGAGGCAGUAUAGAGGUUCUUGGGUUCAACACUCGCCAGAGGAAAGCUUUCCUCAAUGCCAUCAUGCGCUGGGGCAUGCCUCCUCAGGAUGCUUUCAACUCACACUGGCUGGUCCGGGACCUCAGAGGGAAGAGUGAGCGUGAGUUCAGGGCCUAUGUGUCUCUGUUUAUGAGACAUUUAUGUGAGCCAGGUGCAGACGGAGCAGAGACUUUUGCGGAUGGAGUCCCCCGUGAGGGCCUGUCUCGACAGCAUGUUCUCACCAGGAUCGGAGUCAUGUCACUUGUCAGGAAAAAGGUGCAGGAGUUUGAACAUGUAAAUGGGAAGCUGAGCUCCCCAGAUCUCAUUCCCAUUGGAAUGGAGCUGAAGAAACUGACUGAAAGUGUGUCUUCUGAUCCCAACACCUCGGUGCCAGCUAGCCCUGUUGCUACGCAGCCCAGCACCCCCAUCCCACCAGAGAAGGCAGAGUCUUUGGUACGAAAUCCUGAAGACAAGGAGACUGCAGAGACAGAUGGAAAGAAACCAUGUGAACACGAACAGCAGGUUCUCAGUGCAGAGCUAGCAUCUGUACCUGAGAAGGCUGGUGACAGUGAUGAGACCAAGGCAACCACAGAAGAAAAAACAGGAGAUGAGAGGAACAGAACCAAAUCCCCCAUGACAAAGGCCGAGCCACCUGUCUACCCAAAAGAGUCUGCUUUCAAGCAGGCGGAGCUACCAUCUAGUCACACCUCACCUAAGACAGACCCCUGCAAAGAAGCGGAGAAGUCUUCUGAAAAAGGAGAGGCUGGUUCUCCUUGGGAAAAAACUGAAGACAAAGAAAAUAAGCCAGAUGAUGUGAAGAGUGAAGAUGCAUUAGAGGGUCGAUUAAACGGGGACAAAGAAACUCUGGAUGAGCUGGAUGAGAGCAGAAAAGAGGACAAAAACGGAUUCAAAGCCAAGUUCAUGUUUAAUAUUGCAGAUGGAGGUUUUACUGAGUUGCACACCCUGUGGCAAACAGAGGAGCGAGCGGCUCUUUCGUCUGGAAAAAUGCAUGACAUCUGGCAUCGUCGCCAUGACUACUGGCUGCUGGCUGGCAUCGUAACACAUGGCUACGCUCGUUGGCAAGACAUUCAGAAUGACCCCCGUUAUGCGAUUCUGAAUGAGCCCUUCAAAACAGAGAUGCAUAAGGGCAACUACUUGGAGAUGAAGAACAAGUUUCUUGCGCGGCGCUUUAAGUUGUUAGAACAGGCAUUGGUGAUUGAGGAGCAGUUGCGACGGGCAGCUUACCUCAACAUGACCCAGGACCCCAGUCACCCUGCCAUGGCUCUCAACACACGUUUUACUGAGGUGGAAUGUUUGGCCGAGUCCCAUCAGCACCUCUCCAAAGAGUCUCUGGCUGGGAACAAGCCUGCUAAUGCUGUGCUUCACAAAGUUCUGAACCAGUUAGAAGAACUUCUGAGUGACAUGAAAGCAGAUGUGACACGACUUCCUAACCAGCUGUCCAGAAUCCCGCCGGUGUCGGCCCGUUUGCAAAUGUCAGAGAGGAGCAUUCUGAGCCGCCUUACCAGCAGAGGCAGCGAACCUCCACCACAGCAGCCUUUCAGCCAGGGAGGCUUUGGCUGCUCCCAGAUGUACAGCAGUGGUUUUGGUGGGGGAUUCAGAGGACCAGGCGGACAGCCUAUGGUCAACUACAGCCAGAUGCCCCUUGGACCUUAUGUCAGCGUGUCAUCUAAUGGCCCCCCACCCCCUACAAGCCAUUUGGAAAAGAAAGCACUUGACUCGUUCAGAGAUGGGGCUACACCUGAACUCAAGCCAGGCAAAGCAAGUGAUGUCAUCUGUAUUGAGGACUAGACCAGCUCUGUAUCAUUGACCUGAGUUCAGAAAGGGAUGGGAUCUGAAUGGAUGACUGCUGCCCUUGUCUUAUGCUACAUCCUUCUGUUUUUCCCUCCUAUCUCAUAAUCUGCCAGCUGAAACUCGACUGUGAGUGGAUAAGGCAAUUAACUUUUUGAUUCGUGUACAUGUCUCUAUCUUAAAAAUUUGACUUUUAUUUUUCAAGGAUCCUAUAGAGGUAUUUCAGUAGGUAUUUGUUUUAUUUGUAGAAAAAAACUGAGAAUAAGGAGGGGAGAUUAAGCAGUUUUUUUUUUUUUUGGAAGAGGACUUUGGAAGGUCUGCACUAUAAAGCAAAACUCAAUCAACUCCAAGUGUCAGAUGCUCUUCAUUGGGGCUCAUUUUUAUCUUUUAAUGUAAGUUUUAUUUAUUUAAUUUUUGCAAGCUGUGACUUUGUAAAUCUGCGUGCAACCCUUUGCUUUUCUGCAUCUGUCAAUGCCCCCUUUACACUGUGACUUUGCUGCUCUGAAGUUUGUUCAAUGUGAAGAGGAGAGAAGCUCAAUUGUUUCAUUCGAGAGAGUUUUCGAACAUCGGUAUCUUUAUGGUAACUGUACACGAACAUGUGUUUUUAUCAUCUAGGUUGUAAGCAGGUAAAAUAACAGUGGUUUUACCCUUUACCCUGUACUGUAUGCUUUAUGUUUACCUUGAUCCUAUGAAAACUGCCACCUGCUGGUAAUGUUGAGAAAGUAGUUCUGGCUAAACAUGAAGCUACACCUAACUGCAUCACCUUUCAAGGCUGCUAUCUGGUAGUGUACAUAUUAUGAAACUGCAAUUUAUUUUACACCAUAAAGGUCUAAUGAAAAUGGAAAUAGCACCAUAUAACUAAAACAGGUUUUCAGGACUCAGCAUUAUUCAUGGAAAUCCGGCAGAAAAUGUUGAUUUACAAAACGUUAUUCAUUUAAAAUUUCUCUGUACUGUACACAAUUUGUGACUCUUUUUGUUUGAAUGUUAGUGUUGGUUGGAGCACUUCACCCACAUAAACCACAGUGCAACCAUAAACUGGCACUUGUUUGCAGGGCUUUAGUGAUCAGACCAACUUAGAGUCAGAACUGGCAAGUUUCAUUUUCCCUUGUGUGUCUAUGAACUUUCCUACUUCCCUUUUUUAACCGUUUGGACUAAAAUCGAAAUUACUUGCUUACGGUGCAAGGCCACAUUGAGCUGACUUUAACACCUAAGCUUUUGUGUCUCGGCUUAAGUCAUAGUAAAAUCAAAAGCAUAAGCUUAACUCAUUGUUCUUUGACGCAGUGUAUUUUCUCCACUGAGGCACAGAUUGUAAAGAGGUGGUGCCACAGUCUAAACUUACUUGUGUUCUCAUUCCAACUUCAAAAGAAUAUUGUUGCACAGCGUUACUCUGUGAAGUUUUUUUUUUUUGUUUGUUUUUAUUGUUAGGUCAGUUUAUGUUGUCAUUUUUUAAAUGCAUUGGUGCAUAGAAUAAAACAGAAGGCAAUGAUUUUUUAUUUAUCUUAAUCUUAUAUUUGAAUAAACUAAACCUUGCAACUGCAUAGGGCCCCUUGCUUGUGUGAGGAUCAUAGGAAAAUCUGAAUUCACACAGGAUAUGUUUAGAAGUGCACCGGUUAAACAUACUAAGAAAAAAACUUUCAUAGUUUUAAAGUUAUGUGAACAGUUUCAUAAUAACAGCUAAUUGGAUGAUCUCUGUUGAAUUUUUCUGAGCUGAAAAGAUAUUAUAUGCACACUUUAACUGUAACUAGAUCUCUGAGUAAUAGGCUUUUUUUCUAUGGUUGCUUGUGAACACAACAUUAAACUUGCCCUCUGCUGUGUACUGUAGUAAAAAAUACGAUUAAGAAUGGACAAUGCAACAGGAGAUCAAUGGUGCUGUUAAAGACGGUGGGCUUAAUGAGAGGUGGACCCCAAAUUAAGUUCUGCUAAGGCACUCAUUCUAACUUGGGACAUCCCUGGUUGAACCAAAGACACAUCUAAAAUACACAUGAAUAGGUCUUUGAGGACAUACAUUAGACACCACUAUAUAAAAGCUUUUGCCAACACUGGGAGCAUUUUUGAUCAAAAUUGUUGUUUGCUGUAAUUUUGUAAAUGAAAGGGGCUGGAUCUUAGUAACGGCUGGAUUCAUGCAGGCCACUUUAGGACGCAAAGUCUUUGGAUCUGAAGCCUUGCUGUUGUAAAGUGGGUAGAAUGAGGCCUUGUUCUAUUUUAAGCCUGCAGGAAGCAUCUUUAGUAAUUAAAAAAUUCUAAGUUGGAUCCUAAAUUUAUCUUAUUUGUUUCUCAAUUGUGGUUAUAUAUUGAUUUUGUCUUUACUUGGCAGAGUUUUAAAUAAUAUUGAUGAAUUUUGUGUUAACUAACAACACCUAUCUUGUAUUGGACUUACAUAUCACAGCCAUUCAUUGUUGUACUUUGACCUUGUUAUGUGGCACUUUCCUCACCAACGUUCCCGGACAAAAGUUCCCAGAACUGUGAACUAAGCUGCAGUUUGAACUCAAAAUGUUUAAUCAUCAUUGCCUUUUCUGAUUGUUCCAACUUACUAAAACAUGUUGCUUGCAUCAUGUCUUACUACAUUUCAGUGUCACGGGCUCAGUUUGUUCCUAAUUCAAACAUAGGGUUAUAAUAAUUUGCAAGUAAUUGCUUUCUGUUCCUCAAUGCACUAUGAUUUUGAAGGUGGCAUAAACCAAUGCAGAUCUAUUGUAACAAUAUCUGAAGCUUUAUACAGUGCUGUAAAAGUAUUUCCCCCCUUACAGAUGUUUUGCAUUUUUGCUUUUUUGUCACAUCUAAAUGUUUUAGGUAGUCAAAUAUUUUUUUAAAGAAUAAAGAUAUCCUGAUAAAAUACAAAACACAGUUUUUAAAUUAUGAUUUUAUUUAUUAGGGAAAUAAAAACUACCCAGACCAACCAGCCCUAUGUAAAACAUAUUUACCCCUUACAAAUACCAUCAAGCAUUUGCAAUGCUGAGCAAUGAGUCAUUUACAUCGCUGUGGGGGAAUUUUGAUGUACUCUUCUUUGCAGAAUUGUUUUAGUUCAGCCACACUGAAGGGUUUUUGAGCAUGAGUGGUCUCUUUAAGGUCACGCAAUGAAAUCUCAAUCAUACUGUCCAGACUUUGACUAGGACCCUCCAAAAUAUCAAUUUUUUUUUUUUUUUCUGUGAUUCGAAGGUGGGCUUGCUGAGAAAUUUUGUCCAGAGAGCAGAUUCCAUCAUUAAUUAUAGCAAAACAUUAAUGUCCUGAAGCAGCAAACUAGUUCCAGAGCACCAUAUUACCACCACCAUGUUUGACUGUUCAUAUGAUGUUCUUAUUCAUAUAAUGUUCAAAUGACGGGCCUUUGUGUUCUCCCAUAGUGGCCAUUUUUUCCCAGUCUCUCUUUUAUUGUUGAAUCAUAAACAUCAACCUGAACUGAGAAAACUGAGGCCUGCAGUGCUUUAGAUGUUCUGGGUUAUGUUGUGACGUCCUGGUUAUUGAUGUACUCUUGGAGUAAUUUUUGUAGGCCAACCACUCUUGGGAAGUUUCACCACUCUUCCAAGUUGUCUCCAUUUGUGUGUGUGUGUGUUGGUUCUCACUGUAGCCAUCUGAAAUCCCAAAGCCUUAGACAUUGCUUUGUACCUCAGUGACUUGGUUUCUCGUCUGUUCUUGAAAGUAUAUAUCAGAACAUAAUCUUUUAGUCUACUUCAUGUGAACAAACGAGACAAUUUUAAGUAAUUUUUACGUUGUACAGGUCCAUCGGUAAACAGGCAUGGACGUGGCGAGUGAAAUUGUACUCAGCUGUUCAGCAAGUUCUCAGCUGUCACAGUUCAUACAUGAUUUAAUAAGGAGGGAGAUUGUGUUUUACAUAGAGCCAGGUUGUAUUGAAAUCUUUUCCCAUUAAUAAUGAAAUCAUGACUCGAAAAAAUAUUUGAAAUACACUUGGGUAUGACAAGAAAGCAGAUAUUUAAGACAUCUGUAAAGGGGCAAAAAACUUAUUUUUUUCCUUUGUCAAAGUUCAAUGGAAAUCUUUGUUUGUGUCACUAUUCCCUAAUUUAAUUGAUUUAUUACAAGUGAUAAGGUGGUGCUGUAUAAACUUGAUCUAGUGGAUUUUUUCCAUCCUCUAUUGGUAAAUUAGAUAAUUGCCUAAGGGUGCUCGUUUUUUUCCUUUAACCAGAUUUUAUACCUUCACCAUCCUUACCCAAUAAUCACUCAGCUUGCUUUGACUGGAAACUCAAUUUUGCAGGCAUUAACAUUUUGACACCAUCAUAUGAUGUGUCUGGAAGUGCAUCACAUCAGUUUAUGUGGAAUGUUUCUAAGUGCUUAUUGUUGUCAGCUGUGUUUUUGCUCAUGCCAUCAAAUACUUGACCAUGACAUGUAUUAGGCUAUUAACAGAUAGGACCUCAGAACAUGUAAAUACUUGAAUGAUUUUUCAGAAUGAAGCUAGUAUCAUAUAGAUUUCUUUUUUGUAUUUGUAAGAAAACAAAAUAAAAACAUGAAUGUCCAUUGAAUCAUGUUACCACUACUACUAUGUGCACAACAUGUGCUCAUCAAUCAAAUUUAUGUCUUUUCCUCUGGAGUGGUGACAUCAAACACAAUAUUUCAAUGAAAUGCAAUCAAACUGAAGUCAGUAUGAAUGUACUGUCCGUUUAAAAGACUUCAGUCUAAUAUAAAGAUGUUAACAGACAAUGUAUGUAUUCCUUAUUAAAAUGGCUUUAAAAGCCACUAAAAGACCCUGAUAAAAGGCACCUUUGUUGCAGUAAAUGCACAGCAUGUGAAGCGUCUGACGGUUCACUUUGCAGGGGUGGCAGCGCGUCUUUACAGAGAAUGAACUCCAAGCAGUGUUACGGUUCUGAUAAUUGUGCUGUAUGGCAACUGAAUCAAAAAGUGAAAUAGUCAUCUUUUGAUUUGUAUUCUGUGUAUUUGUUGAAUGUGUUUUAAUAAAUAUUCUGGACAAGAA